AUGAGUCAGCUGAUAUUAGAGUCACAGACUUGCACAAGGUGAAGCAUUCUAACCAGAAAGAACAGGGCAGAAACAGAGGAUAUAAUUAUCCUAUUAAUAAUGAUGGCGAAUUCUGCUCUUCAACUACCGAUCAUCGACCUCAGCUGCUCCGACCGCAUCUCCACCGCUCAGUCCAUUCGUCAGGCAUGCAUGGAAUAUGGUUUCUUUUACUUAAUCAAUCAUGGAGUUGAAGAAGAGCUGUUAAAGAGGGUGUUCGAAGAAAGCAGAAAAUUUUUCGUGCUCCCCUCUGAAGAGAGAAUGAAAGUGGUUCGAAAGGACCAUCGAGGUUAUACACCGCUCUAUGCUGAGAAACUUGACCCAUCUUCCAUAUCCAAAGGUGACUCAAAAGAAAGCUUCUAUAUUGGUCCUUUGGAAGAUAUGAAAAAUCAAUGGCCUCCAGCAGAACUGCUACCACUUUGGAGAUCUACGAUGGAGGAAUACCAUAAAAGUGUCUUAAAUGCUGGAAAAAGACUGAUUUCUUUAGUUGCUCUGGCACUAAACUUGGAUGAAGAUUUCUUUACGAAGGUUGGGGCUCUUGAUCCACCGAAUGGUUUCCUCCGUCUUUUACACUAUCCAGCUGAAUUAGGAGUUGCUGAUCAACAAAUAUACGGUGCUUCUGCUCAUUCAGAUUAUGGAAUGAUUACUCUUCUAGCGGCAGAGGAUGUUGGUGGUCUUCAGAUUUCCAGGGAAAAGUUUGAGCAAAAUCAGGUCUGGGAAGAUGUUCAUCAUGUCAAUGGGGCUUUCAUAGUUAACAUUGCAGACAUGAUGGAGAGGUGGACAAAUUGUUUGUUCAGAUCAACAUUGCACAGAGUGCUGCCUACAGGAGGGGAACGCUACUCGGCAGCUUUCUUUUUAGACGGAAACCCAGAUUGCAUGGUAGAAUGCUUAAAGAGUUGCUGCAGUGAGUCCCGUCCUCCUAGGUAUCCUCCAAUCCGCAUCGGAGACUAUCUACAGCAACGCUUUAGGAUUACUUAUGGUUGAUGUGGUGAGGUCGAAGACAGCGAAUGGCAAAGUAUGCGGAAGAAACCUUUUGUAGAAAAUGCCAAAGUCCAGAGGAGGCCUACCGCUUCAACUUCCAUAUUAAUCUGAUACUCCAGCUGGGAAAUGCUUUGUACUGUCAAUUCAAUUGCUACCAGAAUCUUGCUUAAAAUUUUAGAGAUGGAAACAUUCCAAAAGACAAAAUGUAAGUAAGUUACCCUGAUGAUGGCCUAACAAUUUGCUUGGCUCAAAUGGGUUCCCAUGAACCAAAUUGAGGGAGAAAAGAUAUCCAUCAUAGUAUCUAAUUUUAAAAACAUUGGGC